AUGGAGAGCCUAAGUGAGUUGCAGAACCCCCUCCUGGACAAGAACAGCAAGCACGUGGUGAAAGCCGACUACGGCUACAGGGGUGACUUCCCGAGCAGCCAGUAUCAGGAGAACAUCAUCAACUACUUUGUGACUGGUGGUGGAGGUGGGGGUGUUGGAGGUGGAGGUGGAGGAGGAGGAGUAGGAGGAGGUGGAAGAGGAAACGGAAAGACGAAAUCUCAGCUCUUGGAUGCCACCUCGCUGCACUUGGCGGUGGAGGCCUUCUACAGGCCCAACUUCAUCCUUUAUAAAGACGACGCAGGCAUCAAGGCCAAGGAUUACAAAAGCGAGUGCUGUGAGACCACCUUCACAGAGAAGAAGGAGAAGGAGACAGUGGUUGAAACUCCUAGCAUAGAAGACCCCCAGGCUAAGUUACUGGAUGAGAACGAUGUGAAGAUCCAGACAGUCUCGUAUGAGGUGGAGGAGGAAGAAUACGUGGAGUAUGAGACGGAUUGCUCCAGUGACAGUGAGAGUGAGGAUAACUUUAUUGUCAUCCCUCCGCGUGAUCAUCUGGGUUUGGCCAUCUUCUCCAUGCUCUGCUGCUUCUGGCCUUUGGGCAUUGCUGCCUUCUAUUUCUCUCAGGGGACCAGCAAAGCUGUCACAAAGGGAGACUUUCCAUUGGCCAGUAUUGCUUCUAGACGCGCACUCUUCCUGGCUGCCCUUUCCAUCACUAUUGGCACAGGAGUCUACGUUGGCGUGGUGGUAGCUCUCAUUGCUUACCUGUCUAAACCGGGACACAUAUAG